AAUGCAAUAGCCUUUUUAAUCAAAAACCAAAAGAAAAAAAAAAAGAGAGAGAGAGGGAAAUAAACAGAAACUCUUGAAAAAAACAGCUACUUUAGAGAAAACCCAAAAUGGCUUCUCUUUGGCUGAAGUUAUUCUUGAUAAGUCUAAUAUACCUCAAUGUUAUCGCUAAAUCAACUCCGCAUCAAGAAACCGAAUUCGAAUGCGUCUCUAUAGACAAACAAUCUGCAUUACAACAUCCUCUAAUGAAGAAUCAUCGUAUACAGACUAGACCAAGUCGAGAGCUUUUAUCAAUACUGUCUACGUCCAAAGAUGACAGAAUUAGAAAGAUUGAUUUGAAGGGAUCAGAAGAAUGUCCAAAGGGACAAGUACCUAUCCAUAAACCAAAAACCAAUAAUCUUAUUCAUCCCCAACAAAUUCCAAGAGCAGGCCGUCUCCUGAAACAAACUCGCAGUCGCAGGGUUAAAAAGAAGAAAAAGAACAAUCGACGUAAAAAAGAUAAAAAUAAACUUAUCACUUCUGCAGUGUUGUCUCAAAAAAAUAAGAACCCUAUCCACCGGCCAAAAUUAUUUACAGAGACUCAUCUACAUUAUGCAAUUGUUAGGACAUUUGAAAAUACGACAAAAAAAUGGCGUGGAGCACAAGCAUUGUUCAGUAUUAACAAGCCCCGAGUGGUGCAAAAUCAAUUUAGUAAGGCUUGGAUUUGGCUUAAUUACAUACAAGGAAGCGUAAUGAGCAGCAUCCAGUUUGGUUGGGCUGUGCAUACGAAUUUAUAUCCAGACGAUCGUCCAAGACUAACCACGUUUUGGAUGUCAGAUAACCAUCAAAAAGGAUGUUACAAUGCGUUAUGUCCAGGAGGUUAUGUUCAAAUUCAUAAAUCAAUCUACCCCGGUUUGGUUUAUGAUAAAGUCAAUGUUCCAGUAGGAAAACAAAACACUGUCCAUCUUUCUGUUGCUGAGGAUCCAGUGACCAAAAAUUGGGUAUUGACGGUAGGAUCCAUAAUGAUAGGGUAUUGGCCACGUCAAAGUCACAUGGCAGAAGGAGCUUCUGAAGUAUAUUUCGGUGGAUUUGCAGGAAUCAGUGAAUUGUCUCAACCCACGACAAGCCCACCUAUGGGAACUGGAGAGUUUCCGACAAAAGAUCUGAGUCGGUCUUGUUUCAUGAAACAACUUAAAUAUGUUCUUUCGGAUUAUACAGUUGUGGAUAUCAAUCCCAACGAGGUAGAAGAUUAUGUGGAUAAUCGUAAGUGUUAUGGUUUAAUGUUUUAUAAGUAUGUAGAUUAUGAUUCUAGAGAAACUCUUACGUUUGGAGGACCUGGUGGACAAUGUUGAUAGGGUUGUUUUCAAUUUGUUUGAGAUAUAUGUUUUCUUCCAUCGGUAGGUUAUAUGUGUUCUCUAUUUAAUUUUAAUAAUUAACUUAGAUCAUUGG